AUGGGUUGGACGGUGGUGAUGGCAAUAAUGGUGAUGCUGUCAUUGGUGUCUCCGGCAAGUGCGGUGUUUCUGGAUUUCGAUAAUUGCUUGGAUGACACUAUCGCCCACUCGAGUCCUCUGCAGCUUCAGUUUGUGCCUUUCGAUGUGGACGUGUGGUUCGACUUGACCGAUCCCCUUCGUCCGCUCAAUAUCACCGUCUACGGCAAUGUCUCUGGAACGGCCGAUCAGCGCUCCGACUAUCCUGCUCCUGAUGAUCCGCAGUGGUUGAAUGCCAGCAAUACCGUCGGGAAGAUUGCGGAUCUUAGUACGUCGAAUAACAAGUAUUCUACGCUGCUCAAGUCCGUCGACGUCGUCAGUUUCACUCCGUACAGUGAUGCGUCUAGGUUCUGUGAUUCCGUCAUUCAAGGCGAGUGUCCUUUGGGACCCGUCUUUUAUGCGAAUUCGGGCGACAUUCCCGAUUUACGUGCCUUUACCUUCCAAGAAGACAUGCAGUCGUCGUAUCAUUUCGCAACCUUAUCGUCACGGCUGGUGGUCAAAACGGGCGACGCCUCGGCUGUGCAGCUAGCCUGUAUAUCGGUUGACAUCACCCCCGACCUUGGUUCAUCUCUGCGAAACACCCUGGCCUUUGUGCCUCUCGUCAUCCUUCUUCUAGUAGGGCUCGCGACAGUCGUUGCCGCCAUCUACAGUCCAUGGGGUACGACGGAUUCGUUCCGUUGGACGAGUAACUAUGGUCGAGACGAGGAUGUGCUUCGUCUGGUCACGCCAGGAUUCGGGGACUGUCUGCAGUACAUCCAGUUUGCCGUGUUGACAGGAGGUCUAUCCCUGAACUAUCCCGGGUAUUAUCAGCCCGUGAUGAGCCAACCAGCCUGGUCGGCUCUCAUGUUCAACCAGAGCUUCGUAAACCCUGGAAAGGAACGGAGCCCUGUGGUUGAUGGGAUCUACGCUGUCAACGCAACAUACGGUCUGGAUCGACUGGAACAUCUUGUCGGCAUGGCGUCUGCCCAGGAUAUCUGGCCAGGAAUGAUGGUCUGGCUGCUAGUCAUCGUGGUCAGCAUCACGCUUCUGAUUCAGAUAGCAUUCGCCCUACGCUGGGUUCAUCACCAAAUCGCCAACAUCCCCGAGGAAGAUCUACGCGCGAAGAACAUGCCUUUCACAGUAGGCAACGUCGUCCGCAUCGUCUUUAAUUUUCUAUUCCUACCUCUUAUCUCGCUCUCCUUCUUUCAACUGGUUAUUGCCGGUGAUUCUCCCGCAUACUGCGUGUUUUUCGCUGUCGUGGUUAUUCUAAUCCUAAUCGCAUUCUCCAUCUGGACCAUCCGGUUGAUCGCCACCACCCGCCCGAAAUCCUACCUUUUUGACGACCUUUCCACCGUGCUAUUGUACGGCCCGCUCUAUAAUACGUUUAAUGAUGAUGCAGCUGCGUAUGCAGUUGUCCCUAUCUUUAUAUCCUUUGCCCGGGGCGUUGCCAUUGGUGCUCUGCAGCCGUCAGGGAUCGCUCAGGUCGUUCUUUUGGCCAUCUGCGAGGUUGUGUCUAUACUGACGCUCGUGGCUUUCCGACCCUACCCCUCUCCGACAUCUAUGAACCUGUAUCAUAUCUGCUUCUCUAUUAUUCGGUUUUUGACGAUCCUGCUCAGCGUUGUUUUUCUUCCGUCUCUUGGGGUGCCUGAGGCUGCGCGCGGUUGGAUUGGAUAUGUUAUUCUUCUACUUCAUGCUCUCGUUCUUGUGUUCGGGUUCUUUUUGAAUGCCUUGCAGACCUUGAUUGAAGUUAUUGCUCGGCUUGCUGGUGCUGGUGGUAAUGAAGGGAAUAUCACCCGUGGUGGAUUGGUCAAGGUCUUCGGUAUGCGACAAUUGUCCCGUCGUGAACCCCGUCAAGAUCUCGGAACCCGUCAAAGCAUGGGCUCGGAAGCAGGCAUGCUCACGCCCAUCGACGGUCGACUAUCAUCUCAACUAGACUCACGAGCUAGAAGCAUGUCCGGAAGUUCAGCCCUGCUACUGGGUCGAGCAGGUGCCAGCGACGGCAGAGCCAGUGCAAUGCUCGACACAGGAAGUGCACAAGGCGGAAACAGCAGCCGCGCUAACAGCAGUGGACUCCAAUCACCCAUCACACCAAAGGCCAACGCGGCGUUUCCUCCUGUUGGCUCAACAGCCGGUAGCAGUGUGUCCAGAAGCAGUCCGCUGUUCAGUAUGCAUUCGCAUGACCCGUACUAUCGUCCGCCCCGUCCACGGAAGAAGACGUUAGACACUGAUGCUUCUGGGUCUGCGGCUGGUAACACGCCACGGACGACACAUUUCACUGAGGCGGCUGAGGAUAUGAUUGAUGGUCCCUCCAGUAAUCGAGGGGCACCUAUGCCAGCUUACCUUUCUGGGCCCAAGGACGAUCUCGAUUUGGAUGACCCUCGACCACCACGGAAAGACAAGGACUAUGCUGUCCGUGAAGUUGAUUUCUACUAUCGAGUCCGUGGUCCGCCACUAUCUCACACGGGCACCCGCAAACUCAAGACGGGUCCCGCGGAUCCUACUGGUCCUGUUUCCUCGGCGACUGGAUGGUUCCGAAGCCUGUUCAGGGGCAAGACUAAAGAGAGCGGCAAGGGAUUCGAAGUGGUCCGUAGUGCCAGAGCACCACCACAGGGUCUUUUUGUCGAGGGCGAGGAAUUCCACGAACCGUACCGGGAUGAACCGGACGAGUCGGGUGCUGCUAAUGCCACUCGCCAAGCUCCAGAUCAAGAUCCGUCAUACCAUGAUUCAGACGGGGAAGGUCACAAUAACAAUAAUGACAACACCGACAACAACGCUGAGAACAACGGCAAUGAACAGCCAGUCGAUGGCGUACCCAGUUUACCUCCCGUCGACUCCGGUGGCGGUAUCGAACUCCCAAGCCGCAUGAAUUCCCAGCACAGCUCACACGCCCCCUCAAUAUCCAUCUCCAGACAACACUCCACCCGUCAACCCUCAAUGUCAUCAACCGGACCCCUUGGCGCCGUUGCCGAAGACGAGCCACACGAUCCCACUCAACUCCAGCCAACCGUUGGAAUGGGUCGAUUCCCUUUCAGCGCCACCAGUUCCCCGUCGCGAGAUCGUGACUUUUCUGUCGCGUCGUCGACGGCACAUUCGACUUCGUCGAGUGCUAUCGGACGGGGAGAUAGUGGACGAUCGCGCGGGGGGCGGCCGUCGAGUAUGGGGUAUGUGACGUCGCAUCGGACGCAGGAUAAUAUCCAUGAAGCGAGUAUGGAUCAAAUGUCGUUUAGCGGGAGUGCGGCGGAGUGGGUGGAUGAGGAUGUUGCUGAGCCGGAGCAUGAGCAUGAGCCUGAACAUGGGCAUCAACACGGGCUACGGCAUCAACAUCAGCAUCAGCACUCCAUCGAUACGGAACGGUGA